CGCCCUAUCGGCACACUUUUCUGCGCAGUCGUGCUGGUUGAGUUGCACUUGGUGAGGCCCACCUACCGGUAUCGACUUGGACGAAGAUGUCAGGAUUCAACGAGACUCUAGCGUGGAGGUUCGGUCUUAUUGCCGCCGAUGGCAAGUAUCUGACAGCCGAGAAAUUUGGCUUCAAGAUCAACGCGAGCGCUGCGGCCAUGAAACCCGCACAGAUCUGGGACAUGGAAGGGCCAGUGGCCGGCCCACCUGGUCACGAGGCGGAAGACGAUUGGAUCUACUUGAGGAGCUAUCUCAACCGAUACCUCGGAGUAGACGACGGUGGCAACGUCUCUGGCGAUGCUGAAGAGAAAGGGGAGAAGAACAAGUUCAAGUUCAUGCCUCAGGACGAUGGCCGGCUUGCUCUAAUGGCUCACAACGGAUUCUUCUUCGGCGGAACAGGUGAACAACUGAGUGCGAAGUCUCACGGACCUGGUGCUACAGCUCUGGCACCGACUGAUCUGUGGACCAUCCAUCUGGCCAUGCAUCCGCAGGUUAAUCUGAGGAACGUGCGCCGCAGCACCUACUUGCAUUUGACUGCCGGUCAAGACGGUGCCAACGUGAAGGAGGCGAUUCCGUGGGGUCAGGACUCGAUGAUUACGUUGGAAUUCGAUUAUUCGAGUGGCAAGUAUGCACUGAGAAUGUCGAACAGCAAAUAUCUGAAUGAAAAUGGAAAACUUAGUGAAAGUCGUGGACCCACUGCUCUGUACACUGUCGUAUUUCUGGGCACUGCUGUUGCAUUUCGUGGGCAGGGUGGAAAGUAUCUUGCUGGAGUAGCUGAUGGUCGUGCCGAAUGUCGUCAAAACAAGAUAACAAAGGAUGAACUUUGGAAGCUGGAGGACAGUCAUCCACAGGCUACAUUCGUUGCAGUGAGCAAACCCGACAGGGCAGUGGUCUCUAUUAGAUCUACCUUGGAGGUUACGGCCAACCAAGAUCGGGAUGACAUAACUGACAAAGAAAUCUUUCAACUGGAGAUCAACAAGUCUACGAAUAGAUGGGCCAUUCGUGGUGCCAACGGCAAGUACUUUACAUCUUCCAAGGGAUCAGUUAUUCAUGCUGAUAGCGAAGCCAAAGGCGACACUGAAUUUUUUGACAUUGAAUGGUAUGGUCCCCAAGUAGCUCUGAAAGCCAACAAUGGCAAGUACCUAACAGUCAAACGAAAUGGUGCCCUGGUAGCUGCCGGAGAAGACGGCUCUGCACCCGAAGCAAGGUUCAUCUUUGAUCUUAUCAAUCGACCGAUUCUUGUUCUACGAGGACCCUAUGGCUUUAUCGGUGUAAAGGGUGAAUCUCUACGUCUCGAGUGCAAUCGAUCUUCAUAUGAUGUCUUCAAGGUCACUCACAAGGAUGGAGUUUAUCAUCUUCAGGGAGCCAAUGGGAAAUGGUGGAAGCAGGACAGUGAUGGGUUCUUUACGACUAAUGGAGAUGCUGCUCUUGAUUUUCACUUCAAGCUGUUGAGGCACACUCACGUAAGUAUCUGUGCACCCAACGGCAAGCUCCUCAAAGGAGAAAAGAAUGGCUCUCUGACCUCGUCAGGAACCGAAGUGAACCAGGACACUCUGUGGGAGUACUAAACCUUCCUGUGCUGUGACUGAAUGACUGCUUUGUUGUGUCGUAGCGAUAUUUUGGCAUGUUUGUGCUUGUAGCUCUUUAUGACUACAAAAUUUUACGCAAAGAUAAACUAGUUCUCUAGAGAGCCAGUGGCUACUAAUUGAAGGUAUCUAGUAUGAUGAUGUCUAAAAUGUACUGCUGUGUUGGUCA